GCUUUUUAAUUUCCUUUCUCUUCCUUUCUGUCUCUUUCUCCUUGCUUCCCUCCAGCUCUCUUUCUCUACUACCCUCUCCAGUGUUCUAUACUUUAUAAAUACCCUCCUUUUCCUAAUGUGUAUUUUUAUCUGUAUACUACAAUAAAAUUAGAGAUAGUAAAUUAUAAAUAACAUUCAAGUGAAAAUAGUCUUUUAAAAAUUUCUUAUUGUGCUAGAAUAUGCAUAACAAAAUAUUUACCAUUUUAGACAUAUUUAGGCAUAUAAUUCAAUGUCAUGGAGUAAAUUUGUAUUUUUGCACAACCAUCAAGACUACCCAUCUCCAGAAAUAUUUCUAAUCUUCUCAAACUGAAAAACAUAUCUUUCCAAAUUAAACCACACCUCCCCAUUCCAACCCCCUCAACAAUCAAUAUUUCAUAUACCAGUUCUAUAAAUUUGACCACAUUAGAUACCUCAAGUAAGCAAAAGCUAACAAAAUAGGCUCUUUGUGUCUACUUAAUUUCACUCAGCACAAAAGUUCAUCUAUGGUCAAUGUGUCAAAAUUUCAUUCCUUUUUAAGAAUAAUAUUCCAUUAUAAAUGUAAUACAUAUAUAUGACUUUAUUCAUUCAUAAGGGACAUUUGGGUUUUUUACACCUUUUGGCUAUUAUGUACAGUACUACUAUAAACAUUGGUGGACAAUAAUAGUGUUUUAAACUUUUCACUAUGUAUUGAAGGCAGAGCAUUCACACUGAGCUAUAUUCUCAGUUAUAUGUCUUUUAAAAAAUUAUUUUUGUUUUGUUUAUUUGACCAAGUCUUGCUAAGUCAUUAAAUUGCCUGGCCUAGGCAUUAAGUCUUGAGCCUCCUGUCUCAGCCUUCCAGACUGCUGUGAUUAUAGAUGUGGGCCAUUACCCCCAUCUUUACACAACAUUCUUAAUCAUUCUUAAUCACUAAACACACAGUCAUUAAACACAUUCAUUAAAAUCAUUUGGAAAUACUAAUUUAUUUGCUGACACUGAAAGUAUUAAGCAGCUUUACCUGACAAGGUUUUACUUUGAAUAUUUCUCUCAAGAACUCAAAAGCAAUCUGUGUUCCUUAAAUCUGAAAUUUACCUUGAAAAUAUACUGGGGAAAUAUUCAAUAAAUAGGUAAGUAGGUGAUAGACUGGAAAAACGGAUUCUGCUCCAGACUGGCCAUGCGACAAAGUCCAGGUGCCAUGGGAAAACAUUAUGGAAGAUGCUCUUCUACCUUUGAAUCAGAGAGAGCUCAAUAGCAGUUGAAGGGUGUUAUAAACUUGUAACGUAUUUCUCAAAUUUUUUCAUAGACGUCAGGAAUGAUGGGACAAAAUCAUACCAUGAAAACUGAGUUUAUCCUCACAGGAUUUUCAGAACACCCAGAUCUGAAGACUCUUCUGUUUGUGGUGUUCUUUGCCAUCUAUCUGAUCACUAUGGGAGGAAAUAUCAAUCUGGUGAUACUGAUUUCAAAAGAAAAGAGUCUUCACACACCAAUGUACAUCUUCCUGGGUAACCUGGCUCUUGAAGAUUCUUGUUGUGCCUGCGCUAUUACUCCCAAGAUGUUAGAGAACUUCUUUACUGAGGACAAAAGGAUUUCACUCUAUGAAUGUAUGGCACAAUUUUAUUUUCUUUGCACUGUUGAAACUGCAGAUUGCUUUCUUCUGGCACACUUUUUAUCUGUUUCAUUAUUCUAUGGAUCUCUUUUCUUCAUGUACAUUAGACCAAAUUUGCUUGAAGAAGGUGAUGAAGAUAUACCAGCUGCUAUUUUGUUUACAAUAGUAGUUCCCCUACUAAACCCUUUCAUAUAUAGCCUGAGAAAUAAGGAAGUAAAAAGUGCCUUGCAAAAAAUUCUGAUUAAAAAGGUAAUCUCAAGAAAUUUUAAACAAACAACAUCUACAAUAGCUUAAUUGUUUAGGAGCAGCAAAACCUUCCACACAAAAUUACACAGGGGAAAUGCAUAAAUUGUAUGUAAAUAUAUCAAUGUAACAAAAUGCAUUCAUAUUAAACAGCAAUAUAUACAUAGAAAAAUCUCUUAAAAGUGGUAAUCUGUACCAAAUAUUAACACAAAAUGACAAAAACACCAAACUUUGAAGUGAUUCAAGGAACAACAACAUAUACCCAAGCUCCUGGUCUUAGUCCAUGUGAGAAACAGCUUCAAAAACAACAACAAAACCAGCAGUUAGAAAUACAAAUGACUAUUGCAUAAAUAUUUAUAACAAGCUCACUUUAACUGUUUCACAAUGAGCAUUCCAGGUAAGCUGAAAGAAAGAGAUUUCAACCAAUAAAGGCAUUUACAACUAUUAGCAUCAAAUUAAUGGCAAGUUUAUUUGGAAGAAGUAGUUUGAUAGGCUUGAAAGUACACUGUUAUAAUUACCAUAGAGGUAAUGAGAAAAUGAGGUGAAUAUUAUAUCUCCAAAUUGAAGCUUUAAUGGAGGGAAACACUUAAAUAUAUAUUGUUCAUUUCAAGAGAAGUUAAUUUAGAGAGUUUACCUAGCCCCAGAUGUACACGCAUAUGUAGUAUAACAUAAAGUUCUAGACAAGCAGUCAAACCUCAUGUACAGUUUGAGGAGCCUCCUUCUCAGUGACUUAGGCCAAGCUUCCUUCUGGCCCUAUCUGAGAGAGGAGACACCAGCUAAUUUUUAAGAUAUUCAUAUGUGGAAGUAUUGUUCUAGGUGCUGGGAUAUAUGUUGCCAAACACCACUUUUUCAUUUCCUUUAAUAAUAGUACACUGCCAAAAUUUUAAUUCCUAACUUCUGGAUCAAGAGCUCACAUAAAAUAACAUAAAAUUUCCUCCUUCCACAUCCAUUCUUGAUGCUCUGAGGUCAUGACUAUAUACCCAAAAGGAAACUGUCAGGCUGCAGCAGCAUGCCGGACUACCCAGCCACAGAGGCUGACCUCACAUACCUAAUGAACAUGUGCAGUCUGUGCAGAAAAAGCCCUAGGAAAGUAGAUACAUUUUCAAUUCCCAAAUUCAUUAAUGAAGGAAUAUGAUAUAUAAUUUCUCUUUGUGAGCCCCAACAAUCCCUAUCCUACCUGACUUCAAUUUUUCUGAAUCAUUUCAAUAUUUCUAUCACCAUUUCCAUUUAAACUCAUCCAUGUAGGAUUUGUCUAGCCUCACCUCCACUCUUUCAGAGUUGCAUAUAAAUGUGUAGGUCCCUGCUUGCUGUCAGGGCUUUGAGGUAGCAAGUGUCAUGCUACAAGUGAGCCUUUAUGAUGUUGGGUCCUCAUUGGCCCUCUGGUUAUCUCUUCAUGCCUCUAUCACCUUUAAUAUCUACAUUUGUAGUCCCCAACUUACACUGAUUUUCUGCCAAAGUGACUAUCCCAAGUCUACAAGACCUAAAUUCUUUUGACUUGGUCUCUCUUGUU